CGUAUUUCUUUUCGGGUUAAAGUUCAAACGGAGGCCAUAGACCCGUUUCGUGGUGUGGCGUCCUCGAAUAAAAAUGGAGGUUGCGACGGCGACGGAGGCGUCGGCGCCGGCGGCGAGCGGCGGGGUUCAACGGCGGAGCCACCCGUUCCCGUGGCUCGACGCGGCCAUCUCCGAGCCCUUCUAUUUCCUCCACCUCCUCGCCUUCUUCUCCUACUUCGCGGCCCGCAGCGCGGCGCUCUCCGCCGACGGCGUCGGCGAGCUCCACGGCCGCCUCCUCCGCCGGGAGAUCCAGGCGGUGCUCGUGUUCCUCGUGCUCUUCGCCGUGAAGAUUGUGAAAGAGGAAACCUGGGAAACAUUCAUCGCCGAUUCAUUGCUCUAUGUGAAGGGCUUACUGUUGGCAGUUACAUUGGUUAUCGAUUAUUGGUUGGCCCUCUGCUACUUUCUGGGAUUUGUUGUUAUAUAUGCUGUAGCUCAACAACCACCUUAUGACAGUCUAGGCCAUUCAAAUCAUUUGACCCCAUUGCAACUAGAAAGCCUACUAACUGAAGAACCAACAACACGAUUUUGGCUGGUCGAAUUCCGAACUUCAUUUUUAGCAACAUGCAUACAAGCAAGCAGUGUUCUACCUGAACUCUCUAAUAUAUACUCCAAUAAGCAUAUCUCUUUUGGAAUAAUUGACCUUGGGCAUUUCCCAAAUGCGGCAGCAAAGUUCGGGAUAUCCAUGCGGGAUCACCUUCCCACUUAUAUAUUGUUUGACAAGGCGACUGAAGUUUCUCGGUUCCCGGAAAUCACCAGUGAAUCAAAAGUAUUUGUGCCAAAAGUUACUAAGAAACUUCUCUGCCAGCACUUUGAUCUUGACAGACGGCUGAUAGAAUACCUAUCUAGUUGAUUCAUCAUCUAUGGUGUCAAAAGGAUGGGGACAUUUCCUUUUCUGUCGAUGAACCAGUUGAUUGGACCGGACAGUUGUGUGGCAGCAAUCGCUUCAGUGGUAUCCGUUUUAUUCAACGCUUGUGCCCAUCUAAUCAAGGCCAGUAUGCUUUGCGGUGGAAAAUACGAUAUGCAUCUUACCAUCUGUCAGUUACAGAAAUAUGGAAUUUUACUGCCCACGUAGAGAUUUUUUGUAAUGAUUUGCCAACUAUGUUUUGUACUGCAGCAGCAGUCAAUUCAGACACCAUUCAUUUCCAAUGAGGACGGUGUCCCGAAAUUUGUUCGGAUCACCACCUUUCCCAAGUGUUA